UGCACUCCUCCAAGGGCUUCUCGUACUCUCUCUUAGCACACAUUCACACACACACACACACACACAGAGACACGCGCGCGCAUCCCGUGCAACCAGACAGAGGGCUUUCACCAUCCCAGACACAGCGUCUGCUGCCCGGCGGAGCGCUGACACUUCUGUCUGGGGGGAUUUUUUACCGUGAUUUGCAACAGCAUGCGCCCGCCGAGGAAGACUUGAUCCCAAGGUUGAGCCGAGCGCAGCUAAUGCAGCAGGAGACGAGGAGGAAUGGAUCAGAGCGAAGGAUGAACGCUGUUUUCAUCGUCAUUGGAGGAUGCUCCGCGCUCCACAACAGGACGUGUUAGAGUUCCGUGGAUGCUAGUGGUUGCAUUUUGCGCGCUGGUCAGAGAGGAGAAAUGAGGCCUCUUCUGAAGAACACCCUUGAAUAUUUCCCUCACUGAGGAUGUGCGAUGAUUUCGACUCGGCACAACCGCUUCUGAGGUCACUUCUUCUCUAGGCGCUUUUAUACCUCAGGGUUGACUAUCAAAACUCAUAAGUGUCUGUGUGCUUCCCUGUCGAGCACCGCUGGAUUCGAGACCAGUUUUGCUUCGCUGCAAUCGGAGUGCAAAACUGCUGAACCAUCGCCCUCCAUGGUUUCUGCCCAUUUCAAAAAGCUAUCGUCUUACAUUGUAAAGAUUUGCAAAGGAAUGUUUACAAAGAAACUGGCAACUACCACCAAGAAGAAAGAGAGCAGCGAAAACAAAAAAGAACCCAAAUCGACGUCCCCCGAACUGCACGCACGCAACCCGACGUUCUCCACCACACUAAAAAGCACAGUUAAAAAAAUCUCCAAAUGCUCAUCCACACGCAAUAUAUCUCUUGAAGAGGAUGACGGCAAAACCGACUGUUCUUCUCUCUCACCAACAUUCAGUUACCGUGUAGCAAUUGCCAACGGAUUGCCCAAAAAUGCCCUGUUUCUGAACAAUGAAUUUCAUGAGGUCUUGUCAAUUGAUAGCGAUUACUCUGACUCUCUGAACGAGGCAAAACUUGUCCAUAGAUUCGAUGAACAAAAAGCUUACACGAUGCCAGUAAGAAGGAAUAGGAAGAGUUUGAUUAGUUUGGCGCCCUCCGAUGGCAGCUCGGAGGGGGAACGGGGAGAGCGCAGCAGUCUCCACACCCUCCGAUUGGGCGCCUUGAAAAAGCUGAGGAAAUGGAAGAAGAGCCAAGAAUGCGUGUCCUCAGACUCAGAGGCCAGCAAUUGGAGGAAAACUCUUGGCAUUAGAAGCAAAUCUCUGGACCGGGCUGGUCGACAUCAGAAAACCACUACCCUGGAGCCAGGAUCUAGCUCCACGGGAUGCAUCAGUCAGACUCAGGAUGUGAUGGAGAUGAUUUUCAAGGAGCUUCAGGGAAUCAGUCAGAUCGAGUCCGAGCUUUCAGAACUGCGAGGGCAUGUCAAUGCCCUCAAAAGCUCCAUCGAUGAGAUCUCCAGCAGUGUGGAGGUGGUGCAGAGUGAAAUCGAGCAGCUCCGUUCAGGUUUUGUGCAGUCCAGACGCGAGACUCGAGACAUUCAUGAUUACAUCCGACAGAUCAGCCAACAGAGCAACAAAGCUACUCUGAGAUUUCUAAAUGUGCCUGAGGAGAAGUAUGAAAAAACUGAGGAACUUAUCUAUCAGAUCCUGAAAGAGAAAAUGGGUUUCGUUGAAGCACGCAAGACAUUUAAAAUUGAACUAGCCCAUCGACUGGGGCAACAAAGAGAAUGUUACAAUGCUAAACCACGACCAAUUAUAGUUAUAUUUGCAAGCCCGCAAGACAGAGAUUUAGUUUUGAAAAAAUGUUAUAGGCUUAAAGGGACUGGAAUAUCCAUCUCCACUGAUAGUCUAGCACAUGAUUCGAAAGAAAAGAGAGAAAAGCCAAUAGCUUCAUCUCAGACAUACGAAAGCAUGGACAUCAAGGUCUCGGCCAAAGACAAGGCUGAAAGUGAUGAUUGGGACUCCAUGGAAAGCGACAAAGAGCUUGAUGAAUUAAACAAGAACAAAUAUGCAAUUGUGUCCAAACCACUUCCAAAAAGUAAAUCGGACAAGAAAAAAUCCCACGAUCACAGAAGAAUGGGUGAUGACUCUCCGUAUUCUGUACACUACGCGGAUAAUACAGCCUACGAUGACCCUGACAAGCAAAGCAAGUCCUACUAUUCUGACGUAACACCCGGAUGGCUGUCCCAGAGCGACUACUCCACUCCCAAACUCAGCCGAUCUGAGUCAGACUGCUCUAAACUUUGCCAGUCUUAUUCUGAGGACUUCUCAGAGAGUCAGUAUUUCACCAGAGUCAAUGGCUGCUCUUUGCUAUCCUCCUCAGAUCAGGAACUUUGGCAGCGUAAGCAAGAAGACAUGGCGUCCUCCUGGUACGCCAGUCCCCCUAGUCAAACUCUGAGCCAAGAUCGACCUUAUGUGGAACAUAAUGAAGUUGAAACCACAGAGACUAUUGACAGUGGUGUAAGUAAUGGUCUUGUUUGCAUAUCAGGAGACAGGAGCCAUUACAGCGGCUCUCAGCUAUCGCUCCAGGGUGACCUCUCGCCAUGGAAAGACUGGCAUCACCUUGAACAAGGUGCUGAUUCAGGUUUGGAUGCCUCAACCGAACAGAACAUAAUCUCUGAAAUCAGUAGCCCAUUUGACCCCGCAGCUAACCCUGGUUUCCCUGAAAAAAUUAUUAAAUGUCUUGAGGUUGAUUUGCAAUUUGAAGGUGAGACAUUCUUGACACUAGAUAGCACUCCUGAGACUGGAGACCAAGAUAUAGACAUGGAGCCUGAGUUUUUAGAACCUGAGUUAGAGCCUGAAGUAGAGGCUGUGAUUGAACCUAUGCUAAAACAAGAACGAGAACCAAUGCCGCAGCCAGAACCUGAACUAGAACCUGAACUAGAACCUGAACUAGUACCUGAACCAGAACCUGAACCAGAGCCAGAACAAGAGCCAGAACCAGAACCAGUGAUUGAACCCCUUCCAAAACCAGUACCAGUAUCAGUAUCUAAACCUGUGGUUGAACAGCCACCCGAAAAGAAACCUAAAACCAAGAAGAUCCAAGCUAAGCCUGAAUCAGCUCCACAAACUUUGCAGCGACAAGAUGUGAACCACCACCUCCAGCAGAACCAGAAAUCCUCAGCUAUGUACCGAAGCCAGAGUGAGAUUAGAAAUGAGAAGGUGGAGGAUGUCCCCAAAUCCUGGAGUAGCAGGCUCAGCAUAGACCUCAGCGAGAAAACCUUCGGCUUUGGGGGAUUUGGAUCCACCCUGCAAAGAGCAAAGUCAGCUUUGGAUUUUGUGUGGAAUAAAAGUUCCCAGAGCACUAGCGCACCGGUUGAAGAAACCAGCAACACCUCAUUCAUGGGCAGGUUCAGAACCACGUCCACAGCCAACAGUUCCAGUACAACCAUUGAUUCUGACGUCUACACAGAACCUUUCUAUUACAAGGCAGAAGAAGAGGAACAACAACAACAACAACAACAACCUGCUGAGCAACCUGUGGACAAUGAAACACAUUAUGUUGAGGUGAUGGAACAAGUGCUAGCCAAUCUGGAAAACAGAACAAACGCAAACGAACCCGAGGAACAGUACCAAGAAGAGGAAUACGAUGUCUCGCAGGAGUAUGAUGGCUCUCAAGACGCCAAUCUUGUACUGGAAUAUGAUUGCAGCCUUGAUGAACAGUAUGAUGAGGAAUACAGUGAGGACUACGACGACAAUCCUAUGACUGAAGACACAGCAGAAUAUGAGGUUAGUUUAGUGGAUUAUGUCGAAGAAACUGAGGAACCGGAAGCAGAGACCGAGGAACAGGAGGAGGUCAAAGAGGAGGUGCGGGAAGUUCAAGAAACAUCUGAAGUUAAGGGAGAAGAUGAGGUAAAAGAGACCGUAGAGCAAGAGGAUGAGAAUAAAAACGUAACAGAGGUUCCUGUACAAGAAGCACCACCCAAAAAAAGGAUACGUCCCACAUUCAAAGAGGCAGCGCUGAGAGCUUACAGGAAGCAGAUGGCGGAGCUGGAGCAGCAGAUCCUGGCAGGAGACAGCACGGUUCUGGACACGGAGGGCCGUGCCAAUAUCCUGGACCCAGCCAAACUGGGGCUGACCGGCGGAGGGGUUGGCAGUAUACUUUACGGCAUUGACAGCAUGCCAGAUUUACGUCGCAAGAGGACCAUGCCUAUUGUCCGAGACCUGACAUUGGCUGCUCGAAAGGCAGGCAUUGCGUUUGGACUGGUGAACAGAUCGACUCUGAACAAUGAGGAGCUGAAACUGCACGUGCUCAGAAAGACCCUUCAGGCGCUGAUCUAUCCCAUCUCCUCCACCACCCCACAUAAUUUCGAGGUGUGGACGGCCACGGCGCCCACAUACUGCCACGAGUGUGAGGGUCUGCUGUGGGGAAUCGCUCGCCAGGGCAUGAGAUGCAGCGAAUGCGGAGUCAAAUGCCAUGAGAAAUGCCAAGACCUGCUGAACGCAGACUGUCUGCAGCGUGCAGUAGAGAAGAGCUCGAAACAUGGAGCUGAGGACAAAACCCAGAACAUCAUCAUGGCCAUGAAGGAGCGCAUGAAGAUCAGGGAGAAGAAUCGACCCGAGGUCUUCGAGGUUAUUCAGGAGAUGUUCCAGCUCUCGAAAGAGGACUUUAUCACUCAUCUGAAGUCCGCCAAACAGGCUGUGCUGGAGGGAACGUCCAAGUGGUCCGCCAAAAUCACCAUCACAGUAUUAUGUGCUCAAGGUCUGCAAGCCAAAGACAAGACGGGCUCCAGCGACCCCUACGUCACGGUACAAGUGGGAAAGACCAAACGCAGGACCAAAACCGUGUUCGGCAACCUCAACCCUGUAUGGGACGAGAAGUUCUUCUUUGAGUGUCAUAACGCCACAGACCGUAUAAAAGUGCGAGUGUGGGAUGAGGACGACGACAUAAAGUCGAGAGUGAAGCAGCACUUUAAGAAGGAGUCGGAUGACUUUCUGGGUCAAACCAUCAUCGAGGUGCGGAUGCUGAGCGGAGAGAUGGACGUCUGGUACAACCUUGAGAAACGGACGGAUAAAUCCAUGGUUUCAGGAGCAAUCCGGCUGAAGAUCAGCGUGGAGAUGAAGGGAGAAGAGAAGGUGGCUCCACCUCACGGACAGUACACAUGUUUACAUGAGAAUCUCUUCCACUACCUGACGGAGGUGAAAAACAGUGGAGUGGUGAAGAUCCCGCAGGUGAAAGGAGACGACGCCUGGAAGGUUUAUUUUGACGAUGUCUCACAGGAGAUCGUGGAUGAGUUCGCCAUGCGCUUCGGUGUUGAGUCCAUCUAUCAGGCCAUGACACACUUCUCAUGUCUCUCAUCCAAGUACAUGUGUCCUGGCGUUCCCGCUGUGAUGAGUAACCUGCUUGCCAACAUCAACGCUUACUUCGCACACACAACAACUGCAACCACUAACAUCUCGGCCUCCGACCGAUUCGCAGCAUCCAACUUUGGGAGAGAGAAGUUCGUCAAGCUCUUGGAUCAGCUCCACAACUCUCUGAGGAUCGACCUCUCCAAGUACCGGGAUAACUUCCCUGCUGGAAAUCCAGAGAGACUUCAUGACUUAAAAUCAACCGUUGACCUGCUGACCAGCAUCACUUUCUUCAGGAUGAAGGUUCAGGAGCUUCAGAAUCCCCCCAGAGCCAGUAUGGUGGUUAAAGACUGCGUGAAGGCCUGUCUGGACUCCACAUACAAAUACAUCUUUGACAACUGCCAUGAGCUCUACAACCAGCUGCUGGACCAGGCUAAGAAGCAGGAUCUGCCGCGCGAGGAACAGGGUCCGUCCAUCAAGAACCUGGACUUCUGGCCCAAACUGAUCACGCUGAUGGUGUCUGUUAUUGAUGAGGACAGAACGGCAUACACACCCAUCAUUAACCAGUUCCCUCAAGAGUUGAAUAUGGGUAAAAUCAGCGCUGAAAUCAUGUGGAGUCUCUUCGCCUUGGAUAUGAAGUAUGCAAUGGAGGAACACGACAAGCAUCGUCUCUGCAAGAGCACCGAGUACAUGAAUCUGCACUUCAAAGUCAAGUGGUUCUACAACGAGUACGUGCGCGAUCUGCCUGCGUUUAAGGGCGUCCCUCCAGAGUAUUCGCUAUGGUUCGAGCCGUUUGUGAUCCAGUGGUUGGAUGAAAAUGAAGACGUAGCGAUGGAUUUCCUCAACGGAGCUCUAGAGAGAGAUAAAAAAGAUGGGUUCCAGCAGACGUCUGAACACGCGCUCUUCUCCUGCUCAGUGGUGGAUGUUUUCACGCAACUCAACCAAAGCUUCGAGAUCAUCAAGAAACUGGAGUGUCCAAACCCUCACGCCCUCGCUCACUUCAUGCGCAGAUUCGCAAAGACCAUAAAUAAAGUGCUCAUCCAGUACGCAGCCAUCAUCUCCAAAGACUUCACCAAUCAUCUCAGCAAAGAGAAAGUGCCCUGUAUCCUCCUCAACAACAUCCAGCAGCUUAGAGUCCAGCUGGAAAAGAUGUUCGAGUCCAUGGGAGGAAAACAGGAGGAAGGGACUGUGGUCUUCUGCAAGCUGGACGCAGAGGCCAGUGAGCUGCUGAAGGAGCUGCAGAAUAAACUCAACACCGUUCUGGACGAGCUCAGCGCCGUCUUCGGCUCCAGCUUUAAGCCUGUGAUCGAGGACUGUGUGAAGCAGAUGAACCAGGAGCUGGUGCAGAUGAAGGGAAACGCAGGGAACAAGAGCAACGCAGCCAUGGAUGCAGAGACUGUGCUGAGACCCCUGAUGGACCUGCUGGACAAGAACCUCAUGCUCUUUGCUAAGAUCUGCGAGAAGACGGUGCUCAAACGGGUCCUGAAGGAGCUCUGGAAGAUUGUGCUGAACACCAUCGAGAGACAGAUCGUCCUUCCACCGCUUUCAGACCAGACGCAAGGAGCUCAGAUGAUCUUCAGUGCUGCGAAAGACCUCGGUCAGCUCUCCAAACUCAAGGAGCAUGUGAUCCGGGAAGAAGCUCGGAGUCUCAGUCCUCGUCAGUGCGCCGCUAUGGAUUUAGUGCUUCCUACAAUCAAGCAAUAUUUCCAUGCGGGUGGAAACGGUCUGAAGAAAACCUUCCUGGAAAAGAGCCCUGAUCUCAAGUCCUUGAAAUACGCCCUCAGCCUUUACACUCAACCCACAGAUGCCUUGAUCAAGAAAUAUAUAUGCACCCAAACCUCUCAAGGUCAAUCCACAUCUGGAUCCUUCGGUGAAGUGGCUGUUCAGGUGGAUCUGAUCUCACACCCCGGAACUGGAGAGCACAAAGUCAGCGUUAAAGUUGUGGGUGUGAAUAACAUCAACUGGCAGACCAACGCCAUGUUUCGGCCCUUCGUGGAGAUCAACGCCAUCGGUCCACAUCUGGCAGACAAGAAACGCAAGUUUAGCACCAAAACCAAGAAUAACAACUGGUCUCCAAAAUACAACGAAACAUUCCAGUACGUGCUGAGUAAUGAGCACGGCCCCGAGGCCUACGAGCUCCACAUCUCCGUGAAGGACUACUGCUUCGCCCGAGAGGACCGAAUCAUCGGCAUGACGGUCCUGCAGCUCCGAGAACUGGCCGAAAAGGGCAGUCUGGGCGCCUGCUAUCCGCUCAUAAGGAGCAUCAGCAUGGAUGAGACCGGCCUGACCAUCAUGAGAAUACUCUCGCAAAGGACCAACGACGAAGUGGCCAAAGAGUUCGUACGUCUCAAAACAGACACGCGGUCGGCCGAGGAAGUGUCGUAAAGAAGAAGAAACGCGGAGGAAAAAAAAAACGGAGGGUGCAAGACGGUUGUGUUUGUUUUUGUGCAUGUGUGUAAAACAUCUGUCGGAAUGUUCAUUUUAAAAAUACAAGUACGUACAAAAAAAGUGUUUACCUACCGUAUGCUCUCUAUCAAAUAUUAUAUUCUACAAAGUUACGUUUAAGAGACGUUGAAUACAGUUUUUUUUUUUUUUGUAUGACGAUUAGUCUUUUUGAACAGAUAUAUUGUAUUUGUUCAGAUAAAGUGCCAAACCUGAUGAGUCGAAAAUGAAAAAAAGAUUAAAAAAACAACAAAAAAACACAAUAGAUUAAAUACAAGCGCGUAUGAGUUAUUGGUGAAGUUGGUAUCUUUCUAAAUUUGCUCGAUUCUUUUGUCCGGUGUAUAUCAUCCUCUCUUUGAGUGUGUAGCGGGUUUUGUUUGUCUUUUCAUUCUCCUACUUUCAGCGGGGCUCCCUGGUGUCAAAAUGACAUCAAAAAACAUGUUAAAAUGCACGUCAAGUAAUGAAAAUCGAUUAGUUGUCAAUUGACAAGCUUGAUGUCAAAAUAACGUCAAACUGACGUCAAAAAUCGAUUACUGGAUUAACCGUGUAAUCAAUUUUUGAUGCGUUUCUUGAAACCAAUAUUAGAUGUGAAUUUAAUGUCGUUUUGACAUCAAGUUACUGUAGUAUACAUGCAUUGUAGGAAGGGCUGGGCGAUAUGGCAAAAAUGCAAUCUCGAUAAUUAUAUUCCAUAUUGAACGAUAACGAUAUAUAUUUUGAUAUAAGUUGUUAAUGCUUCAAGAUUUAAAAGAGUAUCCCAACAAUGACUGAAGCCACAAAAACUAGAUUAGAGGAUCCAUUAAAUGGCACAACCAGGGGCGGAUUUAGUGAUUUUGGGGCCUAAGCAAUUCCAGCAAUAGGGCUUGAAAUGCACGCUUUCUACUUUUAUUUAAUAUUUAUUUAUAUUGCUGUUUUUUUAUAUCACUCGAUCUUCUUUUUAAAAUUUUUAAUUAAUUUGAAAUGAUUAGUUUUCUUAAAAUAAAUGAAAAUAAUGAAUGAAAAUAAUAAUUUUUUUAAUAUAAAUUCAACUGCUGGACUGCUCCA